AUUUUUUCACUAAAGCCUCCAGGGGUGAAAUUGGCUGUGUGGUUCCUGCUCAGGAAACAGCACGAGUCACUUUCAGAAAAGGAAACACCCCCUUGGUGCUGCAGGUGGGGCAUAGUGUGAAUUCAGGAAAUUGAAACUAACCCUGAUCCACUGCCCAGAGGGAGCCAUGGCUGCAGAGAACCCCGUGGAAAGUCUCCAGGAGGAAGCUACAUGUCCCGUCUGUCAGGAGUAUUUCACAGAACCUGUCACUCUGGAGUGUGGGCACAAUUUCUGCCGAGCCUGCAUCAGCCAGUGCUGGGAGGGAUCCGAUACAGCCGCCUCCUGCCCUCAGUGCAGAGAAACUCUGCAACAGAGAAAUCUCAGGCCCAACAGGCAGCUGGCAAAUAUCAUAGAAAUCACCAAGCAGCUGAGUUUCCAAGCAGCAAAAGGAGCAGGAGCGGAUGGGGUGUGUGAGAUACACCAGGAGGCUCUGAAACUGUUCUGUGAAGAGGAUGAAACCCCCAUCUGUGUGGUGUGCGACAGAUCCCGGGCUCACCGCAUUCACACGGUGGUUCCCAUAGAGGAGGCUGCCCAAGAGUACAAGGAAAGAAUCCAGGCCCAUUUGAAGACUCUGAGGGAAGAGAGAGAAAAGCUGCUGGGAUUGAAAGCGACUGGAGAGGGGAAGAGCCGGGAGUAUCUGAAACAAACACAAACCGAGAGGCAGAAGAUUGUGUCUGAAUUUCAGCAACUGCGGCAGUUCCUGGAGGAACAAGAGCGACUCCUGCUGGCCCAGCUGGAGAAGCUGGAUGAGGAGAUUGUGAGGAUCCAGAAUGAAAAUGUCAGUAAACUCUCCAAGCAGAUUUCCCGUCUCAGUGAGCUGAUCAGUGAGCUGGAGGGGAAGUGUCAGAAGCCAGUGAGUGAAUUUCUGCAGGAUGUCAGAAGCACCUUGAGCAGGUUUGAGAAGAGGAAGUUUGAGCAGCCAGGGGAGAUUUCUCCUGAACUGGAAGAGCAAGUCAGCGAUUUCUCCAAGAAAACUAUUGUGCUAUCGGAGACUCUGAGGAAGGUCAAAGACACUCUGCUCUCUGAAUUGGAGAGAAAAAGGGGAGAAUCAUUUGGAGCACACAGACAGGGUGAGUUUGCAGGUGAAGAUUGCCUUUAAAUUAUGAGAAAAUUCUAGUGAAAACAUCUUCAUGAGAUUGUAGCUAAAGUUACCAACGAAACUGACAGCAACAAUGACACUCAUAGUCCCAAAAAUAACACAUUAAAUGGUAAGGAGAUCCAAGGGCCAAUGU